GUUAUUUAAAGCAGAGCAGUGUGAAUUUGCCAAGCGCGUCUCACACAGUAGUAAUUGACGAUGGGUUCUCGCAUUUUGCAGACAAACUUUCCAAGCGUUGUUGAUGGAUUCAUUGGCGCAAUUGGUCGCACGCCUUUGAUUCGUCUUGAUUCUCUUUCCAAAGAAACAGGUUGCAAUAUCCUUGCGAAGGCUGAAUUUCAAAACCCUGGUGGAAGUGUGAAAGAUCGUGCUGCUUACUACGUUGUGCGAAAUGCUGAAAAGAAUGGCACAUUACAGCGUGGAGGUACUGUAGUAGAAGGUACCGCAGGUAAUACCGGAAUUGGACUUGCUCAUAUUGCCAGAGCUCGUGGAUACAGGUGUGUCAUUUAUAUGCCCAACACACAAUCACAGACAAAAAUCGAUACCUUGAAGUACUUAGGAGCUGAGGUGUUUCCAGUACCUGCGGUUGCAUAUGCGAACCCACAAAACUACAAUCAUCAAGCUCGUCGUCACGCCGAGUCAAUCCCAAAUGCUGUUUGGACUGACCAAUUCGACAAUGUGGCCAAUUUACAAUCUCAUUAUGAAACUACUGGUCCUGAAAUCUGGGACCAGACUGGAGGAAAAGUUGAUGGCUUUACUUGUUCUACCGGUACUGGUGGUACUUUUGCCGGUGUUACCAAACUUCUAAAAGAAAAGUCAGAGGGUCGCGUUUCGUCCUUUAUAGCUGAUCCUCCCGGAAGUGUCUUAUAUAGCCACUUCAAGACUAAGGGUCAAAAGCCUGAUAAUAGUGGUUCUUCGUUUACCGAGGGUAUUGGUCAGGGCCGUAUCACUGGAAAUGUGAAACCUAUAUAUGACUUGAUUGACGAUGCUUUGAGAAUUCCCGACGAGUUAUCCAUUAAUAUGUUAUAUCGUCUGUUAGAUGAAGAAGGUAUCUUCUUAGGAGGCUCUUCUACCUUGAACGUUGUUGCCGCUGUUGAAAUGGCAAAAAUUUUAGGUCCUGGUAAAACUAUUGUCACUGUUCUUUGUGAUACCGGUCAUAAAUACGCUACUAGAUUAUUCAGCCGCUCUUUCUUGGAAACUAAGGGAUUGUACGAUUCAAUUGAACCACAAUACAAAAAAUAUAUAGUGUUACCCUAGAAAAUAUUAGAGGCGUUCUUUUUUGGGUUUUUCUUUUCUACUAGACUUUUGUUUUCGCAUGUUUUGGAUUAGAUAAAAAACAAAAUACCUUCAAUGAAUUGUUGGUACCUACCCUUUUUGCUGGUUUUGUAUGUAAAUAUGUAAAUAGGUAUUAACGAAAAAUAUAUAUCUGAUCCAGAAAAAAUAAAAAAGAAAUAGUAGAGCUUAUGACUCACAAAGAGCUGUAAUUAUGGCCGA